GGCCCCUGGGCCGCCCCCGCCUCUCUGCUGCCUCUCUUCCAGCUCCCGCGCGGCCGCCCGUUCCGUCUGCUGCAGACCCCGGGACCGAGGAGGCGCAGGGCCGCAGCCGCCGGGAAAAACCCCGUUGGAGGCUAUGCUUCUGUGAACGACAGACGGCGGUGAGCAUGUCGGCCCUGAACUGGAAGCCCUUCGUGUACGGAGGCCUGGCCUCCAUCACGGCAGAGUGCGGUACCUUUCCAAUUGAUUUAACCAAGACACGGCUCCAGAUUCAAGGCCAGAAGAAUGAUGCAAACUUUAAAGAAAUCAGGUAUCGAGGAAUGUUGCACGCAUUAGUGAGGAUAGGCAGAGAGGAAGGCCUGAAAGCGCUCUAUUCGGGGAUCGCUCCGGCAAUGCUACGCCAGGCUUCCUAUGGCACCAUCAAGAUAGGCACCUACCAGAGCUUGAAGCGGUUAUUUGUCGAGCGUCCAGAAGAUGAAACCCUUCUGAUAAAUGUGGUCUGUGGGAUUCUCUCUGGAGUCAUAUCCUCAAGCAUUGCUAAUCCAACGGACGUUUUGAAGAUACGGAUGCAAGCUCAAAGCAGUACCCUUCAAGGAGGAAUGAUAGGCAACUUCAUUAACAUUUACCAGCAAGAGGGCACGAGAGGACUGUGGAAGGGUGUGUCCCUUACUGCUCAGAGGGCUGCUAUCGUGGUCGGCGUGGAGCUGCCAGUCUAUGACCUCACCAAGAAGCAUCUGAUUCUCUCAGGCCUGAUGGGAGACACGGUGUAUACCCAUUUCCUCUCAAGCUUCACCUGUGGGCUGGCGGGAGCCCUGGCCUCAAACCCUGUGGAUGUGGUGAGGACACGUAUGAUGAAUCAGAGAGUCCUCCGCGAUGGCGAAUGCCCCGGCUACAAAGGUACCCUGGACUGCUUGUUACAGACAUGGAAGAAUGAAGGGUUUUUUGCUCUAUAUAAAGGGUUUUGGCCAAAUUGGUUGAGACUUGGUCCUUGGAAUAUUAUUUUCUUUGUGACCUAUGAGCAGCUGAAGAAACUGGAUUUGUGACAGGUCAAGACUGCAUGAGACAUCCUCUGAAAACGCUCACCUCUGAAAUAGCGAAGCUUCCUGUCUUUCCCACUGCUUCUCACUGCUUGGCCCGCCACAGAUUGGGGUGUGAGCAACAGGUGAGGGCUGGGUUAGCUCAGAUCGCUGUGUCCCCCGUCGGACGCUCUGCACCAAAUGUUUAACGGCCUCGACUGUAAGAUCCAGACACUAGUCCUUACCAUUCAAGUGCCCUUCGACAUCAAAGAUAACAGGAAAUGCAUGUUUCUUGCUAAAGAAAACUUGCAUGAAGGUCAGGAACUGUGGACUGUUUCCUUCAGGCGAAGAGUAACUCCUGGUGCACCUCAGCUCAUAGCGGAGACUCCCAGACUGUUGUGAAGAAGCUCUUUGGAACUGUGGGAUGGAACAUCUGAGAUGGUGUUAUUGUUCCUGAGCUUCUGGGGGGGCUUUGGCUUCCUGUCCGCUGAAGAAAUUCACACAUGGAGACCUGGUGUACCCCAAGUAUAAACAGGGCAGGAUAGAGAUCCCUGGAACAUUGCACUGCUUUGUAAUUUUCUAUUUUGGCAGGAUCUUUCACUUAUAAUAAGUGACUUUUAAGCCUUUGAGCACUCGACCUUUGUGGGGAAUUGUUACAAAGUAUUACCAUCUAAGCUCAUGAUGGUGUGAGAGGUUGGCUUGGAAGGUAGCAAAGUCGGUGUUGUGGGAGGUGUGUUUAAGCAACUUGGGUUCUGUCCUAGGUGAUGGUAGUACUGGGUUGGCCAAAACGUUUCUUCAGGUUGCAAGAGUGUGGGGAAAAUCCGAACGAACUUUUUGGCCAACUCAAUAAUUUUCUCUUGUGAUAUUAGCAAAGUUUCUGUCUCCCAGCCUACAAUAGGGGUAAUAACAUCUGUUGAUACUGAGUGUCAGGUGAAGAAAACAGUAGCUCCUACUACUAGACUUGUAGGAUAAGUGUCUUUACAUCAUGGUGUUGUAUAGCCAUAAUUCCAGAAUAAAUAGUUCCUAUGUGUGAAGAGAGUCAUUUUAUCAUGGACUUCUCCCAGGUGAGGUCCUGUGAUAAAACUCUUGUGAAAGAAAGGCUAACGUGCUGUUGUGUUUCCCGUAGUGAAAUGUGGCAAGUUAAUUGAAGAGUUGCUUUUUCCAGAUUUCCCGGGUUUUACUUUAGUUCUGGUCACAUUUGUUAAAAUAUUUCCUGUCUUGGACUUCUUUAUCAGUUUGGAUGGAAAAUACUUGCUUGAAAUUUGAAAAGCAAUAUUUUUGUAUACCUAGAGUCUGAUACGGAGAAGGCAGUGGCACACCACUCCAGUACUCUUGCCUGGAAAAUCCCAUGGACGGAGGAGCCUGGUAGGCUACAGUCCAUGGGGUCGCGAAGAGUCGGACACGACUGAGCGACUUCACUUUCAGUUUUCACUUUCAUGCACUGGAGAAGGAAAUGGCAGCCCACUCCAGUAUUCUUGCCUGGAGGGUCCCAGGGACGGGAGCCUGGUGGGCUGCCGUCUGUGGGGUCACACAGAGUUGGACACGACUGAUGUGACUUAGCAGCAGCAGCAAAGUCUGAUAAGAGGUAUAUAAUAGCUUCCUUCUUUUCUUCUAAAGACAGGAUAUCAUUCUUCUUUCUCGUCUUCAUCUUACUCUUUUCAAAAUAAAAAGUGACUCUGAGAGAGUCCCAGGACCUUUAUACUUCUGGGAGACAUCCCUAGGAAAGAAAAUAUAUUCAACAUUCACUUGGGUAACUUUGGUUCUACCCUUAGAGUGUGUUCAGUUGUGUCCGACUCUUAACUACCCCAUGGGCUGUAUCCCGCCAGGCUCCUCUGUCCAUGAGACUUUCCAGGCAAAAAUACUGGAGUGGGUUGCCAUUUCCUCCUCCAGGGGGUCCCCCCAACCCAGGGAUCGAACCCAUUUCUCUUGGGUCUCCUGUGUUGGCAGGCAGGUCUUGACUGCUGCGCCACCUCGGAAGCCCUGUGAGAGGGACAGUAAUACGUACUUGCUGGGGCUCCAGGACAGGCACCUUUGCGGUAUAUGCAGGUUCCCAGUCCGUCCAGCCCCUGGACUGCUUCCUCCUUCGAAGCAGAACAGAAGGCACGCAGAUUUUUUGGGGGGAUUGGGCAGUUUUUCUCCUGGUCUCUCUCACCUUGCCUUCUAUAUUAAUGCUGACUUUGAAAAUAAGAUUUUGUGAAGCAGGAUUUCUGUUCCAAAAGUAAGAGCUAAGACAAGAAAGGAGGAGGUCAGAGGGGCAGGUAGGUGUUGAUUGCUUCAAGAUUCAGAUGGAAGUCUAGUUCUCGCUGACCAGCUCCGGGUGUGAUAUUAGAGAGCUGACCCUCUUCAGGCCUCGUCCCUCGUACUAAACCAUAUGUUUAAAGAGGAGACUUCUCUUCUUACCAGAACAUUCCAUUGAUGUAAGGGCUUUCUAUAGAAAGGCUUUCACUUUUGGGUUCCUUGAGUUUAAAGGAUGACUUUUUAUGAGCCACUCUUUGUUUUUUCCCCUUAAUGUAGAAAACAUUAUAAGUGUACAUAUAAUUCCUAAAACAGUAGAAGUGAGUUCAUUUUGAAGACCGUGAAAAGAUUGAAUGUCAUGCACUAUUCAUUAUAUCAGUUUAUUCCAAUAUGUUCAUUUUCACACCAGGAUGAAAAGAAAACCAAACCUCUCUGUAAAAGGUAAGCACAUUUUUAAGACAAAAAUGCUGUAUAUCUUCAGUGCAGACUUAUUAUAAAUACCUUAUAGAACCGAGUCUUAACCUGUUUUGAUUUUUUUUUUUUUCUGUUCCCUGAAAGAGUUAUGCAGUUGUUGAAGCUUCUAACCAAGGAAGAACUUGAAGGACUGGGAGAUUUGGUCUCCUUGUCUCCGGGGCUGUGACUAUAAGUUCCCUCCCUCCACCCCCUUGGGUAUUGUUAAAUGUAGCAAAGGGAUUUUUAGCUUUUAUAACCCAAAUGAAGAAAGUGGAUUUUUUUUGUUUGCUUGUGGAUUUGUGUAAUCAUUGAUGACUAAGUUUGGCUGAUUGUGAUACAAAGAACGGCUUCUGUUUUCUGUAUUUAUUCAUGCACCAGAAAUAGUGUAUAUUAUUAUAUAAAGACUAUAAAAGUUUUCAUAAGCCUUUAUAUUUUGAACUCUUUAUUUAAACAUUGUUGGAAAAUGUGGCAUAAACCUUGUGUCAUUAUUUAAUAAACUGUAGUAAUAUAUAAUAAUAAAAAUGAUUUGUGGUAUUUCAGAUGCAUUGAAACAUUUGAACAAAGACAAGCUCUUAAACCGUCCGGGAAGUUGGAGUAGAUCUGGCAUUUGUGAAGGUGGCUGCAGACAUUUCUCUCUGCUUAGAGAAGUUGUUGAGAUCAUCUUACUAAUUGCCUGGAGACGUGUGUGGCCUCCCAGUCUGCAGCUCAGUAGGGGCCGGUGAAUUUGGCUCAUUGGGUUUGCUGGGCAAGGCAGCUUUGAGAUUACGGAACACAGGUGGGAUGCCAUCAGGGUCUUGAAAUUUCAGGACCCCCGCAGUCCUUCUAACGCCUGGUGUUGGCAGGAUCCUUGGUUAACUGUUGGCUAGGUGGACACCUCUGGUUGUGAUAAAACAACCAGGGGAUGAAAUGCAAACCUGGUUCAUUACUUAUUUAUUUUUUUACUUGAAAAUAUUUUCUAGGUGCCUGUCUUAACAUUUGAAAUAAAUUCAGUGGUCUAUUGAAAAAACGGAAUUGGCAAAAAAAAAAAAGGAAGCCUUGUGGUCUCUGGUCCCCUGCCUAAGAGAUCAGAUGACAUACCUUUAUGUGAUCGAGUUCACAUGAAGGUCAGUGGGAGGAGCUGGCUGCUGGUGAACCUUAAAUGCUUGGAGAAUUCACAUCCCACUGGAUCCGGGCACCUGUUAGACACACUGGGCGUGGAAUCCAGGCUAUCUAUUUUUAAAGGCACAGCUGAGAAAAUCUGAUGGUAAGCUUUUGGUAGAUGACAGCUGCUCCACCCUGAAGCAGAGUAUGGGAAUAGAAGACAAAGGCAAUGGAUGGAUCAGUUUCUUGCAAACUUGAUGCAAAUCAUGGGACCAAGAGCAAAAAACUGGAAGCUCCCUAUGCCUAUAUGUCCCUUGCUGAUAUAAUAAUCUGUACAGUAGCUUACCACGGACUCAGGAGAAGAAUGAGUUAUAUCUCAGUCUGCUGACCUGGAAAGAUAUACAUGAUAUGCUAUCAUAAGAAACAAGAUGGAGACUUCUAUAGGUAUAUCAUGAACUCAUCGCUUAGAGGAAAAAGCACAAUCUUAUGUCAGUAGAGAAUGGUUGUAAAGGUUGUGGAUUAGGCUUCUCCAGAGAAAGAGGGACCAGUGGGAUGAGUGUGUGUGCCCAUGCAUGGUUUAUUUUAAGGAAUAUGCUUAUGUGACUGUGGGAGGCUGGCAAGUCUAAAACCUGUAGGGCAGUUAGGCAGGACAGCAGACUGGAAACUCAGGCAGGGUUUUAGUUGUCUUUUUUUUUCUCUUUGGCUGUGCCAUGCAGCUUGAAGCAGUGAAUACACUGGACUGCCAGGGAACUCCCUCUGUUUUAGUCUUAAGUCAGAAUUCUUUCUCUGGGAAAUCAGUUUUUCCCUCCUAAGAUCUCUAACUGAUUGAAUGGGGCCCCCCCAUAUUAUGGAGUGUAAUCUUUUUUUAAGCGCUUUUUAAAAACUUUUGUUUAUUUUUUGGCUUUAUUCCUGUACGCAGGCUGUUUCUAGUCUCAGUGAGUGGGAGCCUCUCAUUGCGGUGGUUUCCCUUGUUGCAGAGCACAGGCUCCAGGGCUCACGGGCUUCGAUAGUGGAGUCCUGGGCUGUGGAGCUCGGGCCCAGCAGUUGUGGAGUACAGACUGAGCUGCCCCUCGGCACGUGAGAUCUCUGAGCAGGGAUAGAACCGUGACCCCUGCAUUGGCAGGCAGAUUCCUAGCCAGGGAAGUCCAAUAUGGAGUGUAAUCCUAAUGUCAGCUGAUUGUAGAUGUUAUUCACAGCUGCACGUACCUUCAUGGCAACAUCUAGGCUAGUGCUUGCCAUAUAUCUGGGCACUGAAGCAAGGUCAAAUUGACACAAAAUUGAAUCAUCACAGGGAAGAAAAUUAUUAAUAUUUUCUUUAUGCAUAAUUGUAUUGGUUGGUUUGAAAACUGAUGUUUUGCCAUUUAAAGAAAAAUCUUAAAGAGGGCUAAUUUGGAAUACAAAUGUUCAAGGUACAUAUAAGUGAAGGGAAUUGGGGGGAGUUAGAGUUGCAGUAUAUGUAAUAGUCUACUUGUAUUUUAACUAUGUUUGUAAAGUAUACCUAAUGCCUGUCAAACAUAAAAUUGAGCUGAACGGUUAAAUGGGAAACUUGUUUAUUUCAGUUUUAACUACUUCCUGUUCCUCAGUAAACUUAGUACUUUUAUAA